GUUUCUCCUCCCCUCACACGCCGGAGAAGAUCCAAAACAGACAACGAAUCGAAGCCCGAACUAAAACAGAUCUGUAGAAGAAGAUGGAGUGUGUAUUCGGUUUAGUCGGGAACGGAUUCGCAAUCGUAGCGGCGGAUACAUCGGCGGUUCACAGCAUCCUCCUCCACAAAAACAACGAAGACAAGAUCAUGGUCCUUGACUCCCACAAGCUCGUCGCUGCCAGUGGCGAGCCAGGAGACAGGGUACAGUUUACGGAGUACGUUCAGAAGAACGUGUCAUUGUACAAGUUCCGCAAUGGCAUCCCUUUGACUACUGCCGCCGCUGCUAACUUCACUCGCGGCGAGCUCGCCACUGCUUUGAGGAAGAAUCCGUAUUCCGUGAACAUCUUGAUGGCUGGCUACGACAAGGAGAGUGGCGCAUCCCUUUACUACAUCGACUACAUUGCAACACUUCACAAAGUUGACAAGGGAGCUUUCGGUUACGGCUCUUACUUCUCCCUCUCCACCAUGGACAGGCAUUACCGCAGCGACAUGUCUGUAGAAGAAGCCAUUGAACUGGUCGACAAAUGCAUACUCGAGAUCCGUUCAAGACUUGUCGUUGCGCCUCCAAACUUUGUGAUCAAGAUUGUUGACAAAGACGGAGCUCGUGAUUACGCUUGGCGUCAGUCUGUUCAGGACGUCACAACUGCUGCUGUCUGAGUUUGUUUU